GCGAGAAGAUAAGGUGGGAAGAGCGGCUGGGAAUGAAGCCUCCCAGCCGGACAGCGGCUCCUCUCCUCCCCCGUACCCCGGUUUUGGCGCAGGCGGGAUUGGGAGGGAGGGGGUUCGGGUUAGUAGGCGCAUGCGUCAGCAGAGGCGCGUGGCGGUUAACGGUCACUCUUCGAAGGUUUUCUUACCUCUGAGGGUUUCAUUUGAGGUCCCGUGAGAUGCUGGUGUAGCCCGAGGGUCGGGGAGCGAAGCCCCGAGGAUUUCCAAAAUGGCAUCAGUCAAAGAAAUGCUAAUUGAGAAUAUUGUUAAAGAAGAGUCUUCUCCUCAAAAUAAGGUCACCAUUGUUGGGUGUGGUGCAGUUGGCAUGGCAUGUGCCAUCAGUAUUUUAUUGAAGGGCUUAACUGAUGAACUCGCUCUUAUUGAUGUCAUGGAAGACAAACUGAAGGGAGAGAUGAUGGAUCUCCAACAUGGCAGCCUUUUCUUUAGUACCCCAAAGAUUAUCUCUGGCAAAGACUCCAGAGUAUCAGUCAACUCCAAGAUAAUAAUUAUCACUGCAGGUGCACGCCAGCAGGAGGGAGAAAGUCGCCUAGAGUUGGUCCAACGUAAUGUGAACAUUCUGAAAAUAAUUAUUCCUGAUAUUGUAAAAAAUAGUCCUAACUGCAAACUGCUUGUUGUUUCUAAUCCAGUGGACAUUCUGACAUAUGUCACCUGGAAGCUAAGUGGCUUGCCCCAGAAUCGAGUUAUUGGAAGUGGAACAAAUCUAGACUCUGCCCGUUUUCGUUUCCUAAUUGGCAGUAGGCUGGGCGUCAAUCCAACAAGCUGUCAUGGUUGGAUUAUUGGGGAGCAUGGUGAUUCUAGUGUGCCUGUAUGGAGUGGAGUGAAUAUUGCUGGUGUUUCCCUGAAGAAUCUACAACCCACUUUAGGAACUGAUGAAGAUUCAGAGAAUUGGAAAACUGUUCAUAGACAGGUAGUUGAAAGUGCUUAUGAGGUUAUCAAGCUAAAGGGAUACACUUCAUGGGCUAUUGGCCUGUCUGUGGCAGAUUUGGUAAGAACUAUGAUGAAUAAUCUUAGAAGAGUGCAUCCAGUUUCCACCAUGAUCAAGGGCCUAUAUGGAAUAAAUGAAGAAGUCUUCCUUAGUGUCCCUUGUAUUUUGGGGUACAUUGGUAUCACAGAUAUGGUGAAGCUGAAUCUGAGUUCUGAGGAGGAACAACAUUUAAAGAAGAGUGCAGAUACUCUCUGGAACAUUCAGAAAGAUCUGCAAUUCUAAAGCCGACAGAAUGAAAAUAGUUAAAAGAUUGUAUGUGAUAGAUUAAAUAUUUAAAAUGAUCUGUGAUUAAACACCAAGAGUAAAAUGGAAAUGUAAAACCAUGAGCAAAUUAUUAUCCCAUAAUGUUAGAAAUGGAAAAUGGUAAAGAGACUUCUGUUUUUUCCCUUCCUCCAAUUUGUUAAAAUGUUUUAUAUAUUGAAGCUGGAUGGCAUUCUUAUAAUGUAGUCAUUAAGUAGAUGGUAUAAAGUAGAUUUGACCUCCA